GUAAUCUCUUGUAUCUCAGGUGUGUGUAAGAUGUACGAGGAGCAUUUAAAGAGGAUGAACCCCAACAGCCCGUCGAUAACGUACGACAUCAGCCAGCUGUUCGACUUCAUCGAUGACCUCGCCGACCUCAGCUGUUUGGUGUACCGCACGGACACGCAGACGUACCAGCCGUACAACAAGGACUGGAUCAAGGAGAAGAUCUACGUGCUGCUGCGUCGCCAGGCCCAGCAGGCGGCCAAGUGACGCCUCUGUUCUGUAACUGCUGUUCAAGUGACGUGUUUUCACAAGUUUUUAACAACGUUUUUUAAAAGGUUUUUUUCUCAUGAAUCCGGAGGUGAAUUUUGUAUUUUAAUGUUUGCCUUAUUAAUAAAGAUUUCGUUUAAAUAAUGAAAGUGUAUCUUUUUCUUAUUGGGCCCAAUGUAUUCCUUCUAUCCUCCUAUAUUGUCUUUUUCUAUAUUCCUGAUUUCUCUCCACGUUUCUGUUUAUCUCUUGAAUAGCUUGUAGAAAAGUGCUAUUUGAUUAUAAGUAUUUGUUAUAACUGUCUGGUAAGCGGGUUUGGUUUCCUGGAAUGAUAUUUCUCUCUAGAGAUUCUUUAGUGGCUUAACUUUUCUUUUUUCCAAGCACAAUGUUCAAAAUGUGAAAUGUGCUUUUAAUGGCAACAAAUCGCUCUAAAAUAAAGUACAGCUUGUCAUUUUCCGCUCAA